AUGAGCUAUAUGCGUCGGCUGCGAGUCCCUACGGGGGCGGUGCUGCGGCGGCGCUGCUUCACUGUUGGGGUGCCGAGUGCCGUGCUGCCGCGCGGGAUGCAUGCGUUCCAGCUGCGGGACAGCGCCGACACCGUUGAGGCCCUCGCCGAGGCGUACGUCAGCAUGAACCUCGCAACGAUGAGAACGUUCCACGAGAUCGUCGUGAAGGGCACCGCGUGCCCGCAUGGCACCACGCCACCGUCGUACGAGGAGAUGCUGCUGCAAGGCAUGGGGUCCGGCAGCAGCCACAUUGGUAGCGUAAGUAGCAGCAGCAAUGGUGUUGUGGGCGCCUCUGCAGCUCCCAGCGCCCCCUCGGCUGCAGCAGCGGCAGAAGCGGCACCUGCGAAGAAGGCUGCGGAGAAGCACGCGUUUGACGUCACGGUCAGGAAGUACCCGGCGGCCAACAAGGUGAAGCUCAUCAAGGAGCUGCGGGCGGUCUCUGGGCUGCCGCUGCAGGAGGCAAAGGCGGCGGUGGAGAAGUGUCCCGGCAUCGUCGCGAAGGCGAUGCCGCGGGCAGACGCGGAGAAACUCAAGAAACUGUUUGAAGGACACGGCGCUGAGGUGGAGCUGGCGUGA